AUGCUUCCCUCUCUUUCUUCACUCAACUCCCCAGCCCCAUUAACGAACUCUUACUUACACUCAUCACCCACUUCACACAACCUCAAAACUCAUCUUCUCCACGACUUCAACUCCCCAUUUGAGCUCAAACAAGCUCAUGCCCACCUCAUCAAAACCAGCAGUCCUCUCUUUGUCCUCCCCUUAACCCGUGUUGCUUUGGUCUCUGCUCUCACUCCCAGUUUCAGUUAUGCUCAACAAAUAUUUAAACACGUUAAUGAACCCGAGAUUGUUGUGUGGAAUUCUUGUUUGAAAGUUUUUGCUGAAAGUGAUGACCCCAUUAAGGCAAUAUUUUUGUUUUAUCAGUUGCGUGAAUUUGAUGUUUUGCCUGAUAAUUUCACUUGUUCUUUUGUGUUGAAAGCGUGUACGGCUAUGUUGGAUGUUAAAAAUGGGAGAAUUGUACAUGGGUAUGUGGAGAAACUAGGGUUUGGAUGGAGCUUGUAUUUGCAAAAUGUGAUCUUGAACUUGUAUGCUUUGUGUGGAGAAAUGGGUGAUUCUAGGUUGUUGUUCGAUAAAAUGUCGCAGAGAGAUGUUGUGACGUGGAAUAUAAUGAUAACCCAGUUGAUAAAGAGGGGGGAAAUUGCUGAGGCGUGUGGUUUAUUUAGAAGGAUGCCUGAGAGAAGUAUUAGGUCGUGGACAGCAAUGAUUUCGGGUUAUGUUCAGUGUGGGAAGCCGAAGGAGGCGGUAGAGUUGUUUGUAGAAAUGGAGGACGUGGGUGUUAGGGCAAAUGAAGUGACUGUAGUGGCUGUUCUUGCUGCUUGUGCGGAUUUGGGUGCCUUAGAUUUAGGUAGAAGGGUUCAUGAGUACUCGAAUCGAAGUGGGUUCAGGAGAAAUGUUACAGUUUGUAACACGUUGAUUGACAUGUAUGUGAAGUGUGGGUGCUUGGAGGAUGCUAAGCGAGUGUUUGAUGAGAUGGCAGAACGAACAAUUUUUUCAUGGUCGGCUAUGAUUCAAGGUCUUGCAAUUCAUGGUCGGGGUGAGGAAGCUCUGAGGAUCUUUGAUAAAAUGAUUAAAAUAGGCAUGAAGCCGAAUGGGGUAACCUUUGUUGGACUCUUGCAUGCUUGUAGCCACAUGGGGUUAGUUGAGGACGGGCGCAGAUUUUUUGCCAGCAUGACUAAAGAUUAUGGGAUUGUUCCCCAGAUUGAGCAUUAUGGUUGUAUGGUUGAUCUUUUAAGCCGGGCAGGACUCCUUCAAGAAGCUUAUGAGUUCAUCAUAAACAUGCCUAUAGAACCGAAUGGGGUCGUCUGGGGAGCUCUUCUUGGUGGAUGCAGAGUUCACAAAAAUAUUGAUCUAGCUGAGGAAGCUACCAGACACCUCGGUCAGUUAGACCCACUUAAUGAUGGAUACUAUGUGGUAUUAUCGAACAUUUAUGCAGAAGCGGAGCGUUGGGAAGAUGUUGCAAGAGUUAGAAAGUUGAUGAGAAAUCAAGGGGUGAAGAAGACGCCUGGCUGGAGUUCAAUCUCAGUUGAUGGUGUGAUUCAUGAGUUUGUGGCUGGGGAUGAGACACAUCCUCAAGCUGAGGAGAUAUUCAGAAUGUGGGAAAAACUACUAGGAGACAUGAAGCUAAAAGGAUAUGUGCCUAACACAUCAGUUGUUCUGUUGGAUUUGGAAGAGAAAGAGAAGGAGAAAUUUUUGUACAAGCACAGUGAGAAAUUGGCUCUGGCAUUUGGAUUGAUAAACACAAUUCCUGGAACACCAAUUAGGAUCAUGAAGAAUCUUCGUGUUUGCGAGGACUGUCAUGCUGCAUUUAAAUUGAUAUCAGAAAUUGUUAAUCGUGAAAUCGUUGUGCGUGAUCGGAACCGAUUCCAUUGUUUUAAAGAUGGUUCUUGUUCUUGUAGGGAUUACUGGUAAUUUGAUUCCAUUGUUUUAAUUGUGAGAUCGUUGUGUGUGAUCGGAAUUUUUUCUUUUGCAGCAUUUUGAAACAUCAACAACAAGUUAUAGCUUCUUAA